AUAGUCGCGUUUAACUGUAGAGAGCGUACUCGUCGAAGCCGGGUGAGCCGGGUAUUCUCGAGGGUUUCGUAAACGCGACGAAUCCUCCUUUUACACGAGCUUAUUUCCUUCCUUCUUCCCUCGAACAGUGGUCGCUGCCUUGUGUUUAGCUCGAAAUCCCUACAUAUGUAUAUGUAUAUGUAUAUAUGUUUCUUCGAAUUUUUGGAAUUCGUAGCGUGUCGGGAAACGCGGGGAAUCCUCCAGGUAUCCGUCCGUCUCUCGAUUCCGAAUGUGUGCGAUUGCCAGCCCAAGAAGAGAAGGACGUUCGGGCAAAGGUUCUGCACCAUUCUCCUCUUCUUUCUGAAGAGCAGCAUCGCGGCUGGCCUCGUUUAUUGGACGCGUUCCGAGGGUUUGUGGGGGAGCAGCGCCGAAGUCGAGGACCUGUAUCGAAGGAUAAUGGCUACGAUCUCGCCUUCCAACGACUUCGAGGAUUACUGCAGAACAGAGAGAGAGGAUAUCGAGUUGCCUCGCUUCAAUCAGAUCAAAUACAAGUUGAUAAAGAAGUACAAUCAGGCCGUGUUCACCGUGAUGAAUUGUAUCUUGAACGCGUCGACCGCACUGAGGAACCAGCUUCAAAGACUCAUGGUUCCGGAAACGGACAAAUCCGAGGAGGAGGAGGAAGACGCGACAGAGGAUACCAAGGAAAAUGCUUGACGCGUUGUUGCUCUCAUCACACAUAAACACAAAUCCUGUGCGUCCUAUCGUUUGCACUCGUCUUGUAACUUUUUUUUUUUUAAGAAAAAAAAAAAAAAUCCUAAUGCACGAAUAAAUUUCUAAAAUAA